CACUAUGGAAACCACGCUGUUAACUUUAGUCCUAGAAGUCCGUUCAGAAGCUAAACUCAGUUAAACAACAUUAGCUGUUGACAAAAUAACCAAAGCGAGAAGAUAUUGAAUGAAAGAGCAGUGUCUUGUUGCCAGACAUGGCCAGCACUCCUGGAGUUAGCGAAGGCACAUCAGCAGUGAAGAGCAUGUCGCAGUUUCCCGUCCUGCCCCCGAUUGAUGGCGUUCAGGACCGGGGGGAGGUUAGACAGACCACUGCUGGAAAGAAGGAGAUAGCUGAGAAGAUUACGGUUCGCAAGAAAUUUCUGAGGCACAGAAGGAGCAAAGUGCAACAAGAGCAACUCCAUGCCAUAUUGGUGUCCAGAGCAAUGGAGGCUUACAGUCAGACCAAAGAGAGGGAAGCAGUGCACUCACCAGAAUCAGAGUGUCCUCCUUCUAUGAUAAGUGAGGAGCGCAAGCGAAGGAUGAACUACAUGUUCCUAAGGCAGUGUGUAGAGAACCGCCCAUUCGCUCCAAUCCAGUCACAGUGGUUGGAAUCAAUUGUUGCCCGAGUGUCACCUAAUUUUAAAAAGGGCCCUGAAACCAAUAAACUACUUCAGGAGCUCUGCAAAGAAGUCAGCGAGGAUUUCCACAAUGUGAUUGUCAAGCACACAGUGGACACAGUACUAAAGAAUCCCCAGAUAAAAGAAGCAGACAAACCGACAGCUAGUCAACCAAAAAUUCUGGAUUUCUCUCCAUCAUGGCAUAAUAGCUUUGUCCGAAGCCGCAAAAUGAUGAAAUCAAAUUUGCACAUUCUUCAUCCGGUAAUGCAAACUGUCUUGAAUAUUGGAUACUUGACAUUUUCUCCAGUGGUCCUGGUGGACCUUACAGGAUGCAGGGCUUCGGGACCUGUAGACUGUAAGAGCCUACAGAACAAAAUGGCAGUGGAGUGUAAGAGGACAGAAGAUCGUAUCAUGAAUACCUGGUUUCCAAAAGUCAUCCACUUAUUAACAAGCUAUGAAACACUGAAGGGAGUAAAAGAGGAGAAACUGGACUCAUUCUAUGACUGUGCAUCAACCCUCAUCUCCAAUCAGUUGAAAUCCCUGCUUCAGUCGAGUAUAGAGGAGUUGGUCAAUCACUUUGAUCCGAGCAAUGGCCAACGCUUGCCCCUCUUUCGCAUGGCUUUGACAUUUGAUGAUGAAAAGAUGGAAAUUUACCCCACAUUACAAGAUCUGGGAGCUGCCAUUUUGGAGAUUCUUAAUGCCAUCACAAACACGCUGCAGAAAGUGCAGAUGGUCCAGUCAUGGCUGGCACAAACCUCACCUUCCUUUGUUGAUGCCAAGGUGGCUGAUCACGUCCUAGCUUGGGCUCAGGUCACUAUAAAGACAGCUGUGUGCAAGAAUCUAGAAGAACCUGACGGACACUUCAAGAACUAUGUUAAGAACUAUGACUGGUUGAUCAAUGGAGCGGCACAGGCAAGAGUAGAAAAGUUCAUGCAAGAGGAGCACUCUUUUGAUGAGUACACUAAGCAAGUGGAGGAGUUUCGUGUUCUGUCAAAAGAGAUUCUCAACCUCCCAGCAAAAGCCCACUUUCCCAUGGUCCAUCUGGACUGUGAAGAGCUGAAACAGGGGCUUGCCAACAAAACAAAAAAGUAUGCUGAAAUACUUCUGAAGAAACUGAUCACCAGCCACCGUGAGCAAAACCAACAGAUCUGCACUGAAUUUGAAACCAUCAGAGAAAAUGUUCUGAAAGUACCAGAGAACACAGAGGACAUGAGUCAGAUCAUUGAUCACAUUGCAUUCACUAAAGCAAAGGGUAUUGCUGAACUUAAUACAAAACUAAAGGAAGCCUACUUAAGACUGAUGUACAUCCUGGAUGUCCACAUCAUUGAGCCAGAAGAUCUGGAGCUCAAUGCGACUGUCUUUCUCUGGCCACAGAAAAUCCUCCAUGCCUUUGACCUCAGUGAUAAAGUGAUGUCGAAGGCCAGGCAGAAAGGGGAGUUGGAGCUGAUCGCGAAAAUUGAAAAAUUAAUGAUUCAGCUGGAAAAGUUGGGACGCAGGAUCGAAGAGCUCCCACAUUACUCUGAGCUGGAUAUGAUGCAGCAGUAUAUAACGGAUGUCAGAACAGUUCAGAAACUUCUCCAGGAUGCUGAGGAGGCCAUCGUCUCCGUUAACAAAGAAGAGGCCUUCUACAAACGGGACCAAACCUUUUACCCAGAGGUUGAUGUCAUCAGAGACACCAUUGACCCGUAUCAGAAGCUGUUUGCACUUGUGCAGAAGUGGCAGCGCACCCAGAACAGGUGGAUGAACGGCUCCUUCCAGGAACUAGAUGGCGAGAGCAUGGAAAUAAAAGUGGACGAGUUCUUUAGGGAGAUCUUCAAAAUGCUGAAGUUAUUCCAACAGAAGCAGAAUAAGGCUGAGCAAGAGAUGGAGAAGAUUGCGGGAAAGUCUAGGCCACGAACUGCCGAGGCUGAUCAAAAGAAGCAGGGAAGCCCCACAGUCGUUUUGUGCUCCGCUGUAAUGGAGCAGAUCAAAGAGUUCAAGGACCAUAUCCCCGUAGUUUCCAUCUUGUGUAAUCCAGGCAUAAGAGCUCGCCACUGGGAACAAAUGUCAGAGGUAGUGGGGUAUGACCUCACUCCUGACUCUGGAACUACACUGAGCAAAGUUCUCAAACAAAACCUGGGUUCUUACCUGGAAGAGUUUGAUUCUAUCAGCGCUGCCGCUAGUAAAGAGUUUUCCCUGGAGAAGGCUAUGCAAAGCAUGGUGCAUAUUUGGGAUAUUAUUUCUUUCAACCAUCAACCUUAUAGAGAGACCGGAGUGUCCAUCUUGACCUCCUUGGAUGAGAUUCAGACAAUGCUAGACGACCAGAUUGUGAAGACUCAGACUAUGAGGGGCUCACCGUUCAUCAAACCUUUUGAAAAGGAGAUCAAGCUUUGGGAGGAGCGUCUGCUUCGUAUCCAGGAGACCAUCGAUGAAUGGCUGAAGGUGCAGGCCCAGUGGCUCUAUCUGGAGCCCAUCUUCUCUUCUCAGGACAUCAUGCAGCAGAUUCCAGAAGAGGGCCGACUUUUUCAAACUGUUGACAAAAACUGGAAAGAGGUCAUGAGGCACUGCAUUAAGAACCCUAAGAUUCUGGCUGCAACCGCUCUGCCUGGUCUGCUAGAGAAACUGCAAGAUUCUAACAACCUCCUGGAGAUCAUCAUGAAAGGGCUGAACGCCUAUUUGGAGAAAAAACGUCUCUAUUUUCCACGGUUCUUCUUCUUGUCCAAUGAUGAAAUGCUGGAGAUUCUGUCUGAGACCAAAGACCCCCUGCGAGUACAGCCCCAUCUGAAGAAGUGCUUCGAGGGUAUUUCCAAACUGGACUUCCUACCCAAUCUGGAUAUCCAGGCGAUGUAUAGUAGUGAGGGGGAGCGUGUUCCGCUGAUCCAGAACAUCUCCACGUCUGACGCCAAAGGAGCUGUGGAGAAGUGGCUGCUGCAGGUGGAGGACUUGAUGCUUCGCAGUGUCCGAGGUGUAGUGGCACAGUCCAGGCUGGACUACGCUGAGACUGCUCGGAGCCAGUGGGUCAAAAAGUGGCCGGGCCAGGUGGUGCUCUGCACAUCCCAGAUCUACUGGACCUUGGAGGUUCAUGAAGCCAUCAGAUCCGGAGCAGAUGGCUUAAAUAACUACUCCCAGCAAAUCCAGAGUCAGCUGACGGACAUUGUGGAGCUGGUGAGAGGGCAACUGCCCAAGCAAACCCGGACCACUCUGGGAGCGUUGGUCACUAUUGAUGUCCAUGCCAGGGAUGUGGUCUUGGAGCUAAUUGAGAAAGGAGUAUCAAAUGAAACAGACUUCCAAUGGCUAGCCCAGCUUCGUUACUACUGGAACAAUGACAAUGUUCGUGUUCGCAUUAUCAACUGUGAUGUAAAAUACGCCUAUGAAUACCUGGGGAACUCGCCACGUCUCGUCAUCACUCCACUGACUGACAGAUGCUACAGGACACUGAUUGGUGCUUUCUACCUGCAUUUGGGGGGUGCACCUGAGGGUCCUGCUGGAACAGGAAAGACGGAAACCACCAAAGAUCUAGCCAAAGCUUUAGCUGUGCAGUGUGUGGUCUUCAACUGUUCUGAUGGACUUGAUUACCUUGCUAUGGGCAAAUUUUUCAAAGGUCUGGCUUCAUCUGGUGCAUGGGCAUGCUUUGAUGAGUUCAAUCGUAUCGAGCUGGAGGUGCUGUCUGUGGUGGCUCAGCAGGUUCUCUGCAUCCAGAGGGCUAUCGAGCUGGACCUGGAGUACUUUGACUUUGAAGGGACCAUGCUCAAACUCAACUCCAACUGCUUUGUGUCCAUUACAAUGAACCCUGGCUACGCAGGGCGCUCAGAACUCCCAGACAACCUCAAGGUGUUGUUCCGAACAGUGGCCAUGAUGGUCCCCAACUAUGCCCUGAUAGCAGAGAUCUCUCUAUAUUCAUAUGGCUUCCUCAAUGCCAAGCCGCUGUCAGUCAAGAUAGUGAUGACCUACAGGCUCUGCUCAGAGCAGCUCUCGUCCCAGUUCCAUUACGAUUACGGCAUGAGGGCUGUCAAAGCUGUGCUCGUAGCUGCAGGAAACCUCAAGCUCAAGUUUCCGGACGAGAACGAGGACAUUCUGCUGCUGAGGUCCAUUAAGGAUGUCAAUGAGCCCAAGUUUCUCUCCCAUGAUAUUCCGCUGUUCAACGGAAUCACCAGCGAUUUGUUCCCAGGCAUCUCACUUCCCGAGGCCGACUAUCAGCUGUUUCUGGAGGCUGCUUUAGAAUGCUGUAAAAAUCACAAUGUGCAGCCAACAGAGGUUUUCAUACAGAAGAUUAUCCAAACAUAUGAGAUGAUGAUAGUCAGGCAUGGGUUCAUGCUGGUGGGGGAACCUUUUGCUGGGAAGACCAAAGUGCUGCAUGUUCUUGCUGACACGCUGACCCUCAUGAAUGAGAGAGGGUUUGGUGAGGAAGAGAGGAUCAUAUACAGGACAUUGAACCCAAAGUCCAUCACCAUGGGACAGCUCUUUGGACAGUUUGACUUAGUUUCUCAUGAGUGGACUGAUGGGAUUGUGGCCAACACAUUUCGUGAGUUUGCAUCCGCUGACACACCAGAACGUAAAUGGGUGGUGUUUGAUGGUCCCAUAGACACACUGUGGAUUGAGAGCAUGAACACUGUGCUGGAUGACAACAAAAAGUUGUGCCUGAUGAGUGGAGAGAUCAUGCAGAUGUCCAAUCAGAUGAGUCUGAUUUUUGAAGCAAUGGAUCUCUCCCAGGCCUCACCUGCCACAGUCAGUCGGUGUGGGAUGAUCUACAUGGAACCGUCUCAGUUGGGCUGGGAGCCCUUGAUGAUCUCCUGGAUGAACAAUCUUCCUGAAGUCCUUCAGAGACCGAACAACCGCUCCCUGCUGCUGGAGCUCUUUCAUUGGCUCGUGCCGCCUGCCCUCAGGAUGCUGCGGAAAAACUGCAGAGCAGCUUUUUCCUUCUCCAUGGUGUGGAGUGUGGGUGGCAGCUGUGACUCCGACAGCAGAGAGAGGUUUAGUGAGUUCUUCAGGGUGAUCGUGUCAGGAAAAGAAGAAAAUCCUAUCCCAGCCUCUGUGGGGAAAUGGGAGUGUCCAAUGGAUGACAAAGGGCUGGUGUAUGACUAUUACUAUGAGUUUAAAGGAAGAGGCCGCUGGAUUCACUGGAAUGAUAACAUAAAAAAUGUCAACCUGGGGGACAAAAACACCAAAGUGCAGGAGAUCAUUGUUCCCACCAUAGAUACAGUUCGCUACACCUACCUCAUGGACCUCUGCAUCAGAUACGGAGUGCCUCCCCUAUUUGUUGGUCCCACUGGCACUGGGAAGUCAGUGUAUGUAAAAGAGAAGCUGCUGAACAACCUGGACAAAGACCAGUAUCUACCCUUCUUUAUCAACUUUUCAGCUCGCACUAGCGCCAACCAAACUCAGACUAUCAUCAUGUCCAGAUUGGAUAAGAGAAGGAAGGGAGUGUUCGGGCCCCCCAUGGGAAAGAAGUGUAUCAUCUUUGUGGAUGACAUGAACAUGCCUGCACUGGAACAGUUUGGAGCGCAGCCACCUGUGGAGCUUUUUCGGCAGUAUAUGGACCAUGGAAACUGGUAUGACCUGAAGGAUACCUCCAGGAUCUCUCUCGUUGACCUCCAGCUCAUCUCAGCUAUGGGCCCCCCCGGUGGCGGGAGGAAUGCUGUGACGUCUCGCUUUCUGCGGCACUUCAACAUUUUUAGCAUCAAUGCCUUCAGUGACGACACCAUGGUUCGCAUCUUCUCCAGCGUGGUGGCCUUCUAUCUCAAAAACAAUCAGUUCCAACCUGAAUAUUUCACUAUUGGUAACCAAAUUGUGACAGCUACAAUGGAAGUGUAUAAGAAAGCUAUGGAGAACCUACUUCCAACUCCAGCCAAGUCUCACUACACCUUUAACCUGCGGGACUUCUCACGUGUUAUCCAAGGCUGCCUGCUGCUGAAGAAGGACUCUCUGGAGAACAAACGCACCAUGAUACGCUUGUUUGUCCACGAGGUCUUCAGGGUCUACUAUGACCGCCUGGUGGAUGACAAAGAUCGAGCAUGGCUCUACCAGCUGAUGAACGGCAUCCUCAAAGAUCACUUCAAAGAGUCCUUUGACCAGGUGUUUGAUCACCUGAAGCAAGGCAGUAGACUGGUUGAGGAAGACAUGCGGAAUCUUCUGUUUGGUGACUACAUGGACCCUGACCUGGAGGAUGAUGAGCGCUUGUACUCUGAGGUGCCCUCAAUGGAAAGCUUUUCUGAAGUGGUGGAGUCGUGUCUUGAUGAAUACAACCAGAUGCACAAGAAUCGCAUGAAUCUCGUCAUCUUCCGCUAUGUCCUGGAGCACCUGUCCCGUAUCAGCCGUGUGUUGAAGCAGCCUGGAGGCAAUGCCCUACUGGUGGGAGUGGGAGGCAGCGGGCGCCAGUCCAUCACCCGUCUAGCCACAUCCAUGGCCCACAUGACCAUGUUCCAGCCUGAGAUCUCUAAGAGCUACGGUAUCACUGAGUGGAGAGACGACCUCAAGAUGCUGCUGAAAAAUGCUGGGGUGAAAGGUCAGAAGACAGUGUUCCUGCUUACUGAUGCUCAGAUCAAAGAUGAGGCUUUUCUAGAAGACGUGGACAGUGUCCUGAACACAGGGGAGGUGCCCAAUCUGUUUGCCAUAGAUGAAAAGCAAGAGAUCAUGGAGACAGUACGACCCAUUGCCCAGGCUGGAAACAAGAAUUUGGAGUUGAGUCCUUUGACUCUGUUCGCCUUCUUUGUGGCACGCUGUAGAGAGAACCUUCACAUAGUUGUGGCUUUUAGUCCUAUUGGAGAUGCAUUUCGAAACCGCCUGCGCCAGUUCCCAUCUCUUAUCAACUGCUGUACUAUUGACUGGUUCCAGCCAUGGCCAGAGGAGGCUCUUGAGCGAGUAGCCAACUCCUUCCUGGAGUCAUUGGACAUGAGUGAAAAUGAGAGGCGGCAGGUCAUACCCAUCUGCAAAACAUUCCAUACAUCUGCCAAACAGCUCUCAGAUAGAUUCCUCUCUGAGCUAGGUCGCCAUAAUUAUGUAACACCCACAUCCUACCUGGAGCUGAUUGCAGCUUUCCGUCUGCUCCUCUCUGAGAAGAGAGACACUGUCAUGAAAGCAAAACAGAGGUAUACCAACGGGCUGGACAAACUUGCCUUCGCUGAAUCUCAGGUUAGCGAGAUGAAGAAGGAACUUGUAGACCUGCAGCCCAAACUGGAACAGGCUACGAUAGACAACAACAAAAUGAUGAAGGUGAUUGAAGUGGAGUCGGUUCAGGUAGAAGCCAAAAGUAAAGUUGUGCGUGUCGAUGAGGAGGCAGCAACUAUUAAAGCAAAUGCGGCUCAGGCUCUGAAGAAUGAGUGUGAGAGUGACCUGGCUGAGGCCAUCCCCGCGCUGGAGGCUGCUCUCUCUGCCCUGAACACUCUGAAGCCCUCUGAUGUCACAAUCGUGAAGUCGAUGAAAAAUCCUCCCUCAGGGGUGAAGUUGGUGAUGUCUGCGGUGUGUGUGAUGAAGGACAUAAAGCCGGAUAAGAUAGUUGACCCAGCUGGGACUGGCAAAAAGGUUUUGGACUACUGGGGCCCAAGCAAGAAGCUUCUGGGUGAUAUGAACUUUUUACGAGAUCUAAGAGAGUAUGACAAGGACAAUAUUCCUGUCCAUGUGAUGCAAAAAAUCCGCAGUGAGUUCAUGACAAACCCUGACUUUGACCCCAGUAUAGUAGCAAAGGCCUCCUCCGCAGCAGAGGGCCUGUGCAAGUGGAUCCAAGCAAUGGAGGUGUACGACAGAGUGGCAAAGGUGGUGGCUCCUAAGAAGGCCAACCUGGCGGAGGCGCAGGAGUCCCUGGCUGCGACCAUGGCCCUGCUGGACCAGAAGAGAGGUGAGCUGAAGGAGGUGGAGGACCGGCUGGCUGCCCUUCAGAAAACCUUUGAGGAGAAAACAGCGGAGAAGGCCCAACUAGAGUCCCAGGUGGAAUCAUGUGCCAGGAAGUUGGAGAGGGCUGAGAAACUCAUUGGGGGUCUGGGCGGAGAGAAGACCAGAUGGUCCAAGGCAGCAGACGACCUGCAGAACACAUAUGACAACCUGACUGGAGAUGUUCUCAUCUCCGCGGGGGUCAUCGCCUAUCUGGGUGCCUUCACUGCUGGCUUCAGACAGGACUGCACUAUGUCAUGGACCAAACUCUGCCAAUCUAAGAAGGUUCCAUCAGCAGAUGACUUCUCUCUCAGUAAGACGUUGGGAGAUCCCAUUAAGAUCAGAGCGUGGAACAUCGCAGGUCUUCCCAGUGACUCUUUCUCCAUUGACAACGGGGUUAUUGUCAGUAAUUCACGUAGAUGGCCCUUGAUGAUUGACCCUCAGGGUCAGGCCAACAAGUGGGUGAAAAAUUCAGAGAAAAAAAACAAGCUGAGUGUAAUCAAGCUUACAGACGGGGACUACAUGAGAACUUUGGAAAACUGUAUUCAAUUUGGAACACCAUUGCUCCUCGAAAAUGUAGGGGAGGAGCUGGACCCAUCAUUGGAACCACUGCUGCUCAAACAAACCUUCAAACAAGGUGGUGUGGAUUGCAUCAAGCUGGGGGAGAGUGUGAUUGAGUACUCCCGUGAUUUCCGUUUUUACAUCACCACUAAGCUGAAGAACCCUCACUACCUACCAGAACUGGCCACCAAGGUGUCCCUUCUCAACUUCAUGAUCACACCAGAGGGCUUAGAGGACCAGCUGCUGGGGAUUGUGGUUGCCAAGGAGAGGCCAGAACUGGAAGAGGAGAGAUGUGCACUUAUCCUGCAGUCAGCUGAAAAUAAAAGGCAGCUAAAGGAAAUCGAGGACAAUAUCCUGGAGACACUGCAGUCCUCUAAAGGGAAUAUCCUGGAAGAUGAAAGUGCCAUUCAGAUUCUGGACUCAGCAAAGAUCAUGUCCAAUGAGAUUAGCAAGAAACAGCAGAUUGCAGAGAAGACAGAGAUCAAGAUAGCAGAGUCGAGAGAGGGUUACAGAGCCAUCGCCAAGCACUCCUCCAUCCUGUUCUUCAGCAUCGCCGAUCUGACCAACAUAGACCCCAUGUACCAGUACUCUCUCAGCUGGUUUGUCAACCUCUACAUUAACUCCAUACAUGACAGUAACAAGUCCAAGAUCCUGGAGAGGAGGCUUCGGUACCUGAUUGAUCACUUCACCUACAACCUGUACUGUAACGUCUGUCGCUCUCUGUUUGAGAAAGACAAACUCCUCUUCUCCUUCCUGCUCUGCAACAAUCUGCUCCUAGCGAAAAAGGAGAUUUUAUACUCUGACUUCAUGUUCUUUCUGACCGGAGGAGUGGGCCUGCAGAACACCAUCGCUAACCCCGACCCCAGCUGGCUGCAGGACAAGAGCUGGGAUGAGAUCUGCAGAGCCAGUGACCUGUCUGGCUUACAAGGAAUAAAAGAGGCUUUCAUCAAAAACCCAGAAGACUUUAAAUCUAUUUAUGACAGCAAAGAGCCCAGCAACACUCCUCUGCCCGCUCAGUGGUGUCAGAAACUAAAUGACCUGCAUAUGAUGAUCAUUGUUCGCUCUCUCAGACCUGAUAAGAUCGUUCCAGCUGUCAUUAAAUAUGUGACUGGCAAACUCGGGAAGAAAUUCGUCCAGCCCCCUCCAUUUGACCUGUGUAAGAGCUACCUGGACUCCAACUGCACCGUCCCACUCGUAUUUGUGCUGUCUCCAGGAGCUGAUCCCAUGGCUAGCUUGCUGAAGUUCGCCACUGACAAGAACAUGGAUGGAGCCAAGUUCCAGUCCAUCUCUCUGGGGCAGGGGCAGGGACCCAUCGCUGCCAAAAUGAUAACCACAGCCAUGCAGGACGGGACGUGGGUGUGUCUGCAGAACUGUCACCUGGCCGUCUCCUGGAUGUCCAGCCUCGAGAAAAUCUGUGAGGACUUCAGUCCAGCAACAUGCCACCCAGAAUUCCGCCUUUGGCUCACAAGCUACCCUUCAGCCAAGUUUCCAGUAACCAUCCUUCAGAACGGGGUGAAAAUGACAAAUGAGCCUCCUACUGGACUCCGGCUCAACCUGCUGCAGUCUUACGUGUCAGAUCCUCUGUCUGACUCAAACUUCUUCAAUAACUGCCCCAACAAGGAGGUGAUCUGGGAGAAGCUGCUGUAUGGACUGUGCUUCUUCCAUGCUCUUGUUCAGGAGAGGAAGAAGUUUGGUCCACUGGGCUGGAACAUUCCCUAUGGCUUCAACGAGUCUGACCUGCGUAUGAGCAUCAGACAGCUACAGCUGUUUGUGAAUGAAUACGACGAGGUGCCCUUUGAGGCCAUAACCUACCUGACCGGGGAGUGUAACUAUGGCGGCCGCGUGACAGACGACUGGGACAGGAGGCUCCUGAUGACCAUCUUGGCUGACUUCUACAACAAUGACAUCAUUGAGAAACCUCGCUACCCCUUCUCACCUAGCGGGGAAUACUUUGCCCCACCUAAGUCUGUCUAUGAUGACUACCUUGAGUUUAUAAAGGAGCUUCCUCUCAGCCAGCAUCCAGAGGUGUUUGGGAUGCAUGAAAAUGUAGACAUUUCUAAAGAUCUCCAGCAAACAAAGCUGCUGUUUGAUUCGCUGAUACUCACCCAGGGUGGAGGAGCUAAGGGAGGGGCUAGCAGUGGGAGUGACAACACACUGUACGACAUAGCGAAUGACAUCCUUACUAAGUUUCCAGCUAACUUUGACACCGAAGCAGCUCUCUUGAAGUUCCCAGUGCAGUACGAGGAGAGUAUGAACACUGUGCUCGUCCAAGAGAUGGAGCGUUAUAACACGCUGUGUGGGACGAUCCGUCUCAGUCUGCAGAAUCUGUUGAAGGCCAUCAAGGGUUUGGUGGUGAUGGAUGCGGAGCUGGAGGCGGUGGCUGGCAGUUUGGCAGUUGGAAAGUUCCCAGAGAAAUGGGCAAAGUACUCAUACCCCAGCCUCAUGCCAUUGGGUAGCUACAUUACUGAUUUUCUCUUAAGACUCAAGUUUUUGCAGGAUUGGUACGACAGCAGCAAACCCAACGUGUUCUGGCUCUCGGGCUUCUUCUUCACCCAGGCCUUCCUAACUGGGGCUAUGCAGAACUACGCCAGGAAAUACCACAUCCCCAUUGACCUGCUAGGCUUUGAUUUUCAGGUUCUCACUAUUGAUGAGUCAGACACAUCGCCUGAGGAUGGCGUUUACGUUAAUGGAAUGUUUCUGGAUGGAGCUCGAUGGGAUAAAGAAAGUGGAGUUCUAGCUGAGCAGCAGCCCAAAGUCCUGUUUGAUGUGGUGCCAAUCAUCUGGGUCAAACCCACUAAAAAUAAGAGCUUUGAUCAGACUCAGUUGUAUGUCUGCCCUCUCUACAAGACCAGUGAGAGGAAGGGCACCCUCUCCACCACAGGCCACUCCACCAACUUUGUCAUUUCCAUGGUGUUGCCAACAAACAAUCGCCCUCAACACUGGAUCAAGCGUGGUGUGGCUAUGCUCUGCCAACUUGAUGACUGAAUCAGACAACAAACUAUUUAAGACUCUUCACAGUGACACUUUUAAAACUUUGAUGACUUUUCUUGAUUGUCUGUCCCUUUAUAAUGCAACAUUAAAGAUACCAUCUGUUUGUGACCUAGAGAGUAUUUGUUUGAAAGUUAUGGAUAAAGCGUUUUUGUGGAAGCUAUGGGAGGUAUGAGGGACUUGUGCUUGUUACGCUUUAUAGUUCAAACGCUCUAUUAGUUGCUGCUACGAAAUAAAGAUUGUGACAGUUUUCUGACACGAUUUCACAAAAAAAAGAGAAAGAAACUGAAAACACUUAAAUUCACCUGGAUGUGCAUUAGACACAUUGUGACAUUUCAAUAAACAAGGUAUACAAGAGUGCACUGCAUCGGUUUUAUUAUAUUAAACAAACGUUAGAAACAUGCAGCCAUUAAAUUCACAUCUUCGACAUUUUUACAAGUUUGUUCCACAUGUUGGCCAACAGCAACUCUAUUCUGAUCCUGAUUCAAGCACUCCACUUGUGCCGUUG